AUGAGAAGCUGGAGGAGGCGGAGGCUCCGCCCCUCGCCUUGUCCGGCCGAUUCUGUCUUCUCUCUCUCUCUCUCUCUCUCUCUCUUUCUCUCUCUGGUUGCCCACCUCCCGCCCACGCCCUCUACCCCGCUUCCGGCCGCCGCGCCCUGCCACCGGGAGCCCUUCUUCCUUCCAUUUCCUCUCGUUUCCAGUCCUUCUCGGUGCGUUGCCAUGGCUGCCGCCGUUGGCACUUGGGCGUUCUCGAUGCCGGCGGUGCGCAAGCUGGGCUUGAUGCUCAAGAAGGGGGCUGGGUCUACGGACUCCCUGCAGGCGGCGAUGGAAGAAAUUGAGAACAGUGAGGAAACUGGGCAAUACAUAGUUGGACGAGGAGGCUACCCAAAUAGAGAUGGUCUGGUCCAGUGUGAUGCAGCUAUCAUGGAAGGUACCCCUGGUCGAUUUGGAGCAGUGGCAGCCUUACAUGGAAUUGGAACUCCCAUUGCUGUGGCUCGAAAAGUCAUGGAUAAUUCUGUUCAUAGUCUGCUUGUGGGAGAUGGGGCCAUAGCUUUUGCAAGAGAAGAAGGUUUCAUCGUAGAAGAAAAUGAACAUAUGCUAAGUAAGCACGGUGCAGAUGCUUAUCAGGAAUAUUUGGGGAAAAGGGCAAGCCAGGCUGGGCAUGAUACCCUAGGUCUCAUUGCCUUGGAUACUCAUGGAAACAUAACUGUUGGUGUAUCUACGUCAGGGUCUCCCUUUAAGUAUCCUGGAAGAGUGGGGGAUUCUCCCUUGCCAGGGUGUGGUCUAUAUGCAGAUUAUCUGGUUGGGGCAGCAGCAGCAACUGGGGAAGGAGACAAGAUCAUGUGUUUUUGUCCUUGCUUUCAUGUUAUUCUCUUAAUGAAGCAGGGUUUAUCUCCCAAGGAAGCAUGUGAAUCUGUCCUUAAACAUAUAACUAAUCAAGUGGGACAUGAAAAUAUGUUUGAACUUGGAAUUAUUGCAAUGAACAUAAAGGGAGAAACUGGAGCUGCUUCAUCAGUUCAGUUCACCUAUUGUGUCUGGUCUCAGGAAAAUGAUUCCAUUGAACAGUUAAUACAACCAGCUUUCCAACCAUGAAAAAUACUAUCAGGCAUUUUAUUUUUACUCUUCAUUCAUUAGCCUAUCGAUUAGUUAAAUUCAUCUAGUUAAAUAUAGAAUAAAUGGAUGUUGAAUUUGUCUUUUUCCAUUAAGUAUAUUCCCACAUACUCAUUUCAGACCUCCAUGAUUUUAUAGGUGCUUCACUUCUUUGUUUUCAUGGCUUUCAUUUUUCAAAGCUAGUUUUG